AGUCUACCGUGAAAUUAUUUGAAAAUGGCCUAUCGUUGUUCUGCAAACUAUGUGCAUGUGGAGAAGAUAUUAUUGAUUCUUCAAUGAUCCAAACCUGCCUCGAACUCGUGGUUCCUCUUCUAAAAGAACAGUUUGUGUCUUCAACUUUACAAACAAUUAUACUCCGCGGUUUAUUGGAGUGUCUAGGAGAACCGGGAGUUGUUGAAAAAUUUUUGGAAUGUAGUAAUAACGAUAAUGAUAAUGAAGAUACUUUAUACAAGACUUUUAUUUUACCUAUGUUGCAAAUCAAAAGUCUACCCUUACGAAUUUUACGCUUACUCCAAGCUAUCGUACGUAAAGUAUCUAUAUACGAAGCUUGUACAAUUAUCCAACAGUUGGCGGAUAACGAAACGAAAACAAAAAAAAAGGAAUUAAUGAAUAAUUAUAAUAAUCAAAUGUAUAGCAAUCUUUCGAUUUCAGAUAAUGAUGUACAGGAAUUAGAUGAUCUUGAACUGAUCAUCGAUCGAAUUAGCAAUUGUUUGCAUAUUAUUUCUAAAGCGGUUUUAUAUCAUAUGGCUUUACAUUCGGGAGAAGAAGUCGGUCAAGUUUAUCCAUCCAUUUUUUCUUUUAAAUAUCUCACUUCCUGUCGUUUUUUUUCAGCCAUUACAACGAUUAUAUCAUCACAUCGAGUGCGUUCAUGUUCAAGAUUCCAUGAACUUGUUAAUUUUAUUGGUCGAUUAUGCGUUAUUUUGUUAGGAUCUCCGGUUGGUAUGAUUUAUUUAGCCAAACAAUUACAACAACCCAUAGAACCAUUUGGUGAUUGUUUAUUAGUUGUUUUGUCAACCGUUUUAUGUCGUCAUAAUGAUGUUGGCAUUUCAAUGGAGGAGGAAUCGUUUGAAGCUUUUUCAAAUUCUUCUCCGGUAAUAAAUGGCAGCUGGUCAAAUAUAAACGAAUUAAGGCGAACACCAGGAGUUGGAGAUAUAUGGCUUGGUUUUGGUCAAUCCAUAACUGGUGGAAAUUACGAUGAAGACUAUGAUUAUAUCUGCGACUAUAACGAAGAUGAUCACAUCAGCAAAAAGGAUGAUGAUUUUAUUUUGAAAAAGGCGCGACAGGUUUUAAGAAUGCAAAGCUGUGGUGCUGUUGGUGCAAGGACAGAUUGUUUUGAUAAUUGUAUUAUUCCAUCUGAUCAAUUAAUUAUAUUAUUAACUUAUCAACUACAUGCUGUUUCCAUCAUUGAGAGAUUGCUGGAAUAUGGAAGAAGAGGAGUAGAAAACCAUUCUUAUACAGAUUAUGUUAAAAUAUUGGAUUUAUUAAGUGAUUUAUUCGAAUUAACUACAUUUGACGUUGGAAAACAGGCCGUGGCAUCCACAUUAAUUAACCUCGAUGGUCUACCGACUGUUUUAUCUCUCGUGAAUAUUAAUCCAAUGCAAGAACAUUUAUCGGCUUCCGUUCCAUGUACUGAUUUUAAUGCACUUGGACGUAUUCCUUUGGAACUUUUGGAAGUUGUUAUAAAAUUCUCUCGUUCAUUUCCGUUUUUAUUAACACCACAAAUCCAUGAGCUUGUGAACCAAUUUAUUUCUUCCGAAAACAGCUUACGUGCAUUAUGGUAUCCAAUUGCCGCCUUUCACGAAACAGGAAAUAUUCAAGGAGUUAUCAAUGUUAUUAAACAUCAAAAGUAUUAUCCUGAAUGUUUAAGAGAUCACAAUUCUGUUAAUCAGAUUCUUGUUUCACUUCGACUUUUAAUGUCAUAUACGUAUGCUGAAAGUGGUAUUCUACAUAUUUUGAAAGCUCGUAUGGAUGAUUUUAGCGGAUCUGAUAAUGGGGACAAUUUUUUAGUCUUCUUAUUAAGGCUUUUAAAUCACGUUGCUGAAGUUUUAUCCGAUUUAGAUGAUUUUGACGAGUAUACAGAACAUCAAUCUACAUCUGAAUCUACUUUUACGGCAGUUGCCCAAGAUUGUUUAAACUCUGAAAAUUACGAUGAACCUAAAGCUCAAGAAAUUUUAAAAUCUAGUGAAAACAGAAAUGAAUCCACCAGUAUUAUGUUUUCUUCUGAAGUUUUUGAACUCCGAAGAGAAUUACUUGAUCUAGCUUGGAAUAAUUUGACAUUAGUACGAAGGCUUCUUCGAUUUGUUUAUGGAGACCCUGACGAAAGUGUAGCUAAAAGACACUUUAGGGAUAUAUAUGGUGAAAAUGAAUCUCCAGAUGAUCUUUUACCGUCUCAAAAAAAAUCAAUGGUUCGGAUGUGUGUUGAGCCAUGGCUUAUGCUUGUAUCUGCUCUAGAUCAUUUAGACGGACGUUUAAGUGAUCAACUUGGAGCUACUUCUUUACUUGGCAAUAGUCAAACACUGAAAAAUGGUCAAUCUGCACAGAUUGCACGUAUUCGUGGUCUUAUUUUGAGUUUGUUUGGUUUACUUACUGAGAUUGUUAUUGAAGAAAAACCCUUACAACGUGAUGAUGAAAUGCAAGAGCCACAAUAUAGAGCUCGUUUCUUUUCAGAUUUUACUGGUCGUUAUGUAGUCAAACAAUUAUGUGAUUUUAUAUUCGAAGGACCUAACAACUUUCUUAGUGGAUUACAUAUUUUGAGUGAGAUAUUACCGACACCGUUGCUUUCUCAACGUUGUAUAAGGGAUUUACAUGUCUCUGAAAGUAUGGUUGAUACUUCUAUAGAACAAAACUUAGAAAGCGACGGGUUUUCUACUAAUUGGCCACAAAUUCAGCGAGAAGCACGUAUAUUGCGACAACAUUGGAUUAAACAAUUACUUCCUUUACGAGAUGAUUUAAUUUAUCUCACUAAAAGUAUGGCUCCUUCAAGUUCAAAAAUAUUACAUAUUAUGCUCCGUACUGUCAUAUGUCAAUUAGUUGAUUUAGAUUUCUUGGAUCGUGGCAUAGGCAGGGGAAUUGUAGCUGUUAUUGUUAAUGGUGUACGUGAUGCCUUUGAACAAUUAAACUUACUUAUUGAAAAACCUGAAAAGCGAAAUUUUGGCAUUGAUGAUACUAUUGAUGAUUUCAAAAGAGAAGAAUAUGAGACGGUUAUUGAAGAUACGCAUACCUCUUCAGAAAUUCAAACGAAGCGGACAAUAUUUGGACGAUGGAUGAGUCUUUUAACCUCCAUAUGCGGAUACUCAUCUGGAAGAUCAUUACUUCUCGAUUCUGUCAAUAACAUAACUGAUGAUGCUAUGAUGUUAGAUGAUCAGGAAUCAUUCGAGAAUUCACACGAUCUUGUAAAAAUUUUGUUGGAUAUUGUUCCAUCUAUCAACCAUGUGAAUUUUAUUUGUGAUAUUAUUAUGGAAUUUUUUUUCUUGUUGUGUAAUCCUGCAAUAACUGCUUCCGGAAAAAACAUGCCAAGAUUAGAAGAUCUUUCAAUUAUUAUAGACAAUUUGUUAGAGUGGGUAAAACAAGGGAAAAAUGGUCGACUCCAAACUCAUUCGCUUUUAAUCCUGCAGAAAAUUGCAGAAACGGAAUUAGGUGGAUUAUUAAUCCUUAAAAAAAAGGAUCACCUUCAAUUAAUUAGCAAUAUGAUAACUUGGGUUCCUGACUUGUUGCGAUCGCAAGAUCUGCGAAUGCACGAUCUAAAUAUUGCAUAUCAUUCCGUUGUUUUUAUCCUUAUUAUAAUCGGAUAUGUUCUUCCUGAAUCAUUACGUCAUGAAAUCCCUUUUCUAAAAGAGAAUCUAGGAUCUUUGCCUAUAUUAAUCAAUUCAUCUAAAGAUGCUGAAACUAUUCUCAAGUCAUACGAAAAUAUUGAGCAACAUAUUAUCGAACUUUCAUAUGAAUCCCAUAAUAUAGACGAAGAAAUGCAUGAUCCUCAUUUAUAUCAAUCAGUGAUUGACGUAAUUAAAAGAUUGAAAGAUCAUAUACACGGCUAUAUCCAAGAACUUAAUCAAAAUGCAAUUGUACUGAAUAUUGAUGAAAUUUUUAAAAGAUUUAAUAUUAGACUUUCUCAAGUUGUUAACGAGAUUUAUAACCAUAAUAUUUCAAUAAGGCAAGAAGUUGGAUCAGUAAGCAUAGGAGUAGUUAUCGAUGACUAUCCCGAUUUCCCAUUUUAUGAUGUUGUGGAUGAUUUUGAAGGAAAAGUUGGUAAAGGGGGAUUAUUUAACGCUCCUGAACCCGAAAUAGACUUCGAAGUUUUUGCUAAAGAGAUGUUGCCGAAUUUCCAAUUUCAUAAAAGAAUGAAAAUGCCUAGCGAUAGUACAGCUAAAGGCAGAAAGCUUAAAGUACAUCAUAGUUUAAGCAAGCUCGGUGGUAUUGCUUAUGAAAGCAAUGCCCGAAGAAACCUAGGCGGCGGAAAGACUUAUCAAAAAAAUGAGUUUCGAAGCAUCCAUAAUAAUAGAAAGGCCAACACUAGUCGUCCUCCUUCGGUUCAUGUUGAUGAUUUUAUGUCUGGAAAGAUUCCAGUUAAUCAACAACAUCCCGACAUGAUGACUACUACUACUUCGACUACGACUCCAACCGUGUCAGUUACAGCAAAUAUUCAGCAAAAGAAAACAAAUGUUAGUAACCGCCCUCAACUUCAGAAUAAACGAGGCGGAAUAACCACUACUACUUCUACCUCUCAAUUAAAUACGAAUAAUAAUAGAGGACGAGGCAGGAGACUUAGCACCAGUUCAGCGCCAGCACGAGGUGCUUCACGUGGUGCUAGUAACAGUGGACGAGGUGGUGGUGGUAUGGGUAGGGGUAAUAAUGCAAAUGCUAGUAUUGUUGGUGCCGCAUGGGAAAUGGGUAGUGGUGCUUGGACAGGAGGGCCACCAUCGUUGCUAUUAAUGCCACCUAUGAAUAAGUAUAUGGAUUUUGAAAGACGAAUUGAAGGUCAACGUGAUUAUACUCGAUAUGAUAAUCAAACAAUACGUACUGGUUAUUAUGAUAACCAAUAUUACGGAAUGCCUUCGCCUAUAACUCCAUAUGAUCGUCCCCCAGUACAACAAUCGGCUCCUGGAAUGGGUCCCCGGAUUAAAAGUGGAAACGAAACCAGAGGAAGAACUGUUCCGCAAGAGUGGGCGCCACGUUCUAUGACCUCUCAACCUACACGAAGACCGGAACGACAAUUUGGUAGACGAUGAUCUUAUUUAAUUUAUUUAUUAGACUAUAUUUAACAAAAUUGUAAAGGAUUUUAGGAUUUUGUAAUUUACUUUUAUGUAUAAAUAAAUAAAUAAGUAAAAAUAUUCACGGGUUUUUUUACUCUUUCGCAACCAUUUCACUAACAGAAUUUUUAAAUA